CUGACCUGAUGUGGACCGAAGCGCUUCUAACAUGAACUUUCUCCCUGGGAUCUGGUGGUCUCUUCCUUUGGUCUUGAUCUGGGCGACCCCACCAGUCACUUCUUCAUGGUGGUACAUGGGCGCCGUGGGCUCGUCGCGAGUGAUGUGCGACAACGUGCCGGGGCUGGUGAGCCGGCAGCGGCAGCUGUGCCGGCGGCACCCCGAGGCCAUGCUCUCCAUCGGCCGCGGCGUGGCCGCCUGGACGGCCGAGUGCCAGCACCAGUUCCGCCGGCACCGCUGGGACUGCAACGCCCUGGAGCGGGGGCAGCGCCUCCUCGGCCGCGUCCUGCUGCGCAGUAGUCGUGAAUCUGCUUUUGUACAUGCCAUCUCCUCUGCUGGAGUUGUUUUUGCCAUCACCAGGGCAUGUAGCCAAGGGGAGCUGAAAUCUUGCUCCUGCGAUCCCAAGAAGAAAGGCUCUGCCAAGGACAGCAAGGGCCAUUUUGACUGGGGUGGCUGCAGCGAUAAUAUUGAGUAUGGCAUUAAAUUUGCCAGAGCCUUUGUGGAUGCCAAAGAACGGAAAGGAAAAGAUGCAAGGGCGCUGAUGAACCUUCACAACAACAGAGCUGGAAGGAAGGCCGUGAAGCGGUUUUUGAAACAGGAGUGCAAAUGUCACGGUGUGAGCGGAUCGUGCACUCUAAGGACCUGUUGGCUGGCCAUGGCAGACUUUAGGAAAACAGGAGAUUAUCUGUGGAAGAAAUACAAUGGAGCAAUUCAGGUGGUCAUGAAUCAAGAUGGCACAGGUUUCACUGUGGCUAAUAAGAAAUUUAAGAAGCCAACUAAGAAUGACCUGGUAUACUUUGAAAGCUCUCCAGACUACUGUAUCAGGGACAGGGAUGUAGGGUCCCUUGGGACAGCUGGUCGGGUGUGUAACCAAACCUCCCGUGGCAUGGACAGCUGUGAGGUGAUGUGCUGCGGGAGAGGCUACGACACGUCCCGCGUCAGCAGAAUGACCAAAUGCGAGUGCAAGUUCCACUGGUGUUGUGCUGUGCGCUGCCAGGACUGCCUAGAAGUGGUGGAUAUUCACACUUGCAAAGCGCCAAAGAGCGCUGGCUGGAUCUCCCGGACAUAAUGCACAGGCUGCUGAUGCUGAGGACCACGACCUUUUGCCCUCCCUGGUCUGUGUAGGGAAGGCAUCUGAGGUCUUUGCUACUUUUACACCUGUUUUGCCUUUGUUAUUCAUCGCACAGAAGUUGCUGAAUAAUUAAUAGAAACA